UAGUUUCGGUACCGGAAGUGUGAGCGGCGCGCUCCUCUUUUCUGUACCUAUCUGGAGAUGUCUGUAAAAGUUUGCCGAUAUAUUUAGAGCAUGUUUUUGUGCGAAACGUUUUUCAUAAAUCCGGAGACAUGAAGAAGCGGUUUCACAUCAACCUGGACGAUUCUGCUUUCACCAAAGAAAGAACGCCGCCAAAGCCACAGUUUCAGCCUUUAUCCAAAGGACAACAAAACACAACCGCUCCAGGUGCAUCUGCCACAGAGCCGGUCACAAAAUCGUGUGCGCAGCCCCUCUCCUACGCAGAGUACGCCGUGCAGAGUAAAAAAACUGCGGCUGCCGCCCCACAGAGAGAUGCUCCCCCCAAAGUGCUCAGGACAGGUGGAUCUGGAGUCAGCAGUCUGCAGCGAGGGGAACCAGAGCCCGUGUCGUCCAGCACCCGGGGAUCUGAAUCGGUUCAAGACUGCGUCAAAGAGACUGAAGUUCAGCUUGAGGAGGUGAAAAAGAACGAUGACAAACAGGUGCUGCCUGAGGGGAGCUGUGCCAAGCCUGAUCCAAGCCUCAUGCUGGGUCCCAAACCAGUGGGAUCUGGGAACAGCAUUGUUGUCAGCCCUCGACAGAGGGGUAAUCCCAUUCUCAAGUUUGUGAGGAGCGUGCCCUGGGAGUUUGGAGAUGUUGUGCCUGAUUAUGUCUUGGGACAGACAACUUGUGCUCUUUUCCUCAGUCUGAGGUAUCACAACUUGAACCCAAACUAUAUCCAUGACCGUUUAAAGCAGCUUGGAAAUUCAUUCACCUUACGUGUGUUGCUGGUUCAAGUAGACGUGAAAGAUCCUCAUCAUGCAUUAAAGGAACUGGCUAGCAUCUGUAUCAUGGCUGACUGCACUCUUAUCUUGGCUUGGAGUCCAGAAGAAGCAGGACGUUACCUGGAAACAUACAAGUCAUAUGAGAAGAAGCCAGCAGACCUUCUGAAGGAGCAAGUAGAAAGAGACUAUCUUUCAAAGGUUACAGAUUGCCUGACCACUGUGAAAUCUGUAAACAAAACGGAUGCCAUCACCUUGCUAUCCACUUUCUCGUCUGUGGAGGGAAUCAUCAAUGCCUCUAAAGAAGACUUGGUUCUCUGUCCGGGCCUCGGACCACAAAAGGCGAGACGACUUUAUGAUGUCCUUCAUAAGCCUUUUCUGAAGUCAAAGACAAACAACAGCUGACGUUUCCACCAAGAAUGUGUGACAGGAUUCGGAAGAUGUGAAAUUUCACAAAUUAGGUUGAUAGAAAAUGCUGAAGAUAUGACUUUUCUUCAAUUGAGGGUGUCCUUUUGGAACUAUGGACCAUUUUAACUUUCCUUUCAUUUUUAGGAGACUUUGUUUUGAAAUAAUAAAUGAUAUUUUUAUAUAAU